AUGGCGGUGCGGGAUCUGCGAGCCGAGCUGGACUCGCUUCUCCUGCAGCUGCUCAGGGACCUGGAGGAACUGGAGGCAAAGAGGGUGGCACUGAACGCCCGGGUGGAGGGCUGGCUCUCACUCUCCAAAGCUUGCUACGCCAUGGGUGCCAAGUCGGUAGGGCCUCUGCAGUAUGCCUCCCACAUGGAGCCCCAGGUCGGCGUCUGCACCAGCGAGGCCCAGGACGGACUCCAGAAGUUCUGGAUGGUGAGAGAAGGCACCCAGACUCCAGAGGAGGUGGGACCCCACAAGGCAGUUCUGUGCAGGCGCAAGGGCCUCACAAGGACCCCAGAGCCAGACCCCUCCGCAGCUCCCCAGGACCCUCUGAACUGGUUUGGAAUCCUGGUUCCUCACAGUCUACGGCAAGCUCGAGCCAGCUUCUGGGAGGGUCUGCAGCUGGCUGCAGACAUGGCCAGCCUUCAGAUCCGCGUUGACUGGGGUCGAAGUCAGCUCCAGGGGCUGCAGGAGAAACUCAAGCAGUGGAGCCUGGCGCUCCCUGACCUGCCACCACAGAAGCAAGGCAGUGAGCACAGCUGUUCUUUGAUGUGGCUGCAUUAUCUCAGGCCUUCUUCCUUCACAGAUUGCCCCCCACCCCAGCUGUUUCUCCCUCCUUAA